UGGCGGAACCUGACUUCCGCUGUGGUUUAGACUAACUUGUCAGAUCCUUUAAAAAGCCCUGGGCGUGUUUUUUUUUUUUUCUCUAAGCCUUUGAAACUGUUGCUGUUGUGGCGCGCAUCUAACGGCGGUUAUCAUGGUCCGUGAAGUAAAGGAUUUGGCAGAGUUUCAGUCCAUCCUGAAGGAUGCAGGAGACAAGCUGGUGGUGGUGGACUUCACAGCUACGUGGUGUGGUCCCUGCAAACAGAUUGGGCCACACUUUGUUAGACUGUCAGAGCAAUCUGAAAACAAGGAAGUGAUUUUCUUGAAAGUGGACGUGGAUGACGCUGAUGAUGUGAGCAGUAAUUGCGGAAUUAAAUGCAUGCCUACAUUCCACUUCUACAAGAAUGGAAAGAUGGUGUUUGAGUUCUCUGGUGCCAACCUGGAGACACUAGAAAACAAACUUAAAGAGCUGCGAUAGACACCGAAGUCCUGCUGGCCAAUCCACAAACGACCACAUUGUACAAAGCUUACAGUAGAAGCUGUUACCCUCUUAACACGCCUGAGGGGAUUCCCUCUUAUAUUUGCUGUAACCAUAAUUUCCUCUGUCUCAUUUAGGCAAUAAUCUAUGUUCCACCCCUCAUGUGAUGGCCCCUUACCCCCGUUCAGAUCAGCAUAUGUAUCAACUGUCUUUAACAAUGGGCUACAAUUAGAUUCCAACCUGAUUGACGAUAUGCUAUGAAUAGGCCUAGCUCCUAAACAUUUCUGUAUGUUUUCAAUAAGUUGGAAUUAAUAAACAAUGAAUGAAA